AGAAUCUGGCUCAAUCUAUUUUUGUUGGGCCUCUCCCUCGGCAUGCGCGAUGCGGAGGGCCUCCAGAUGGAAGACGUCGCCCCGAAGCGCUUCGGGCUGAAUUUCAACCCCCCGUCGAUCAUCGUGGAGUAUCUGCAGACGAGCACGGGCAAGCUCUUCCACCGACGGAUAGGGCUGCGAAAGCUGCGCGCGGGGUGCGACGCCGCCCAUGUGGCCGAGAAACUGAGGCAGAAGAACGCCGCGCUGCUCGGGGAGGACCGCGUCCCGUUCGACCAGAUCGUCUCGCUCGUGAGGCGGCUGCAGGACCACACCGCCGAGCGGGCGCAGACCGUCUCCGCCGCCCUCGCCGGCGGCUGCUCCGCAGGCGCCGCCGACGCGGCGGCCGGGGCCAGCCGGGCAGACGCGCUAGCUUCGCCGUGCUCCGUGGCGUCGGUGGAGUCGAGCUGCGUCUCACCAGG